AUGGAUGCUCUGAAACUGUUGGUGGAAUCCUCUACUAAUGAUGAUUUCGUCAACUCCAAAGACGAUGAUGGUAACUCCAUAUUGCACUUAGCCACGAUGCUCGGGCAGACGAAGUAUCAGGGAAAUUGGGUCGACGAGACUCAAGGCACGUUGAUGUUGGUGGCUACUGUGAUUGCAACCAUGACUUUCCAAGCUGGGAUCUACCCACCAGGUGGUGUUUGGCAACAAGACACGACAAAUGGUACUUUCGGGUGUAAUUCUUCGAUGUGGGCAGCCGGCACUGCAAUUCUAUCGUAUUCCGAAACAUAUCAGUAUUUCUUGCCUUUCAACACCACCUCUUUUGUUGCAGCUCUAACCGUUGUGCUUAUGGUCACUAGUGGAUUUCCACUAAGAAGCAAGGGCUUUAUAUGGUUUCUGACCUUAACCAUGUUUAUUGCAUUUCAUUCCGUGGUAUUGGCCUAUAUCAAGGGAGUGAAAUUGGUGAACCCGACUUAUUUUCAAGACUAUUCCCUGAUUACCACCGUAUUACCAGGAAUCUGGCUUGUACUGCAACAGGUUCUUGGCUCGAUUCACGUAAUUCGCUUUUUAUUUUGGAUAAUUAGGAAGUUGUUCAAAUUCAUGAGACGCUGCAGGUUAACCAAACGUCCAGCAAACGAUGCCAUCAACGUGUAA